ACUCAAGACGGAUGGUUCCGCGUCAUCAUUGUGCGGAAUGCAAGUGCUGGUAUAUACGUUAGUUAUUCUGUCGGCGGUAGCCGGCCAGAAAGAUUCGCAUUAUGUGCCCGGUCACGAUGGAAUGGUGCAUCUGUUCGAGUGGAAGUGGCUGGAUAUCGCUAACGAGUGCGAAAGGUUCCUCGGUCCCAUAGGAUACGGCGGUGUUCAGGUCUCUCCGAUCCAGGAGAACGUAAUCGUAGGGAACAGACCAUGGUGGGAACGCUAUCAGCCCAUAUCCUACAUCUGGCACACGAGAUCGGGUACAGCGAAGGAGUUCACGGAGAUGGUUCGCAGAUGUAACAACGCCGGCGUGAGGAUUUACGUGGACGUGGUGUUCAAUCACAUGACCGGCACCCACGAGACCGCACUCGGCACCGGCGGUUCGAAAGCGAACACUCACACCCUCGAUUACCCGGCGGUACCGUACACGCGAAAUCAUUUUAACUCGCCCUGCGCCAUCACGAACUAUCAGGAUCCGGUUAAUGUGCGGAACUGCGAAUUGGUCGGCUUGCACGAUCUCGAUCAAUCGAAAGAAUACGUAAGGGAGAAAAUUGUCAAUUUCUUAAACAGCGCGAUCAACGUCGGAGUGGCUGGUUUUCGAGUUGACGCGGCCAAACACAUGUGGCCGAACGAUUUGAAGGAGAUCUAUUCCCGACUGAAAAAUCUCAACACUCAGCACAAUUUCCCGAAGGACGCGCGACCUUACAUAUUUCAAGAAGUGAUCGAUUACGGCGGCGAGGCGAUCAGCAAGUACGAGUACAACGGUUUCGCCGCGGUUACCGAGUUUCGACACGGCAUGGAGAUCAGUAACGCCUUAAGGGGAAACAAUUAUCUAAAGUGGUUUGUCAAUUGGGGAGAAGCUUGGGGUUUGUUGCCGUCCAGGGACGCUCUGGUAUUUAUCGACAACCACGAUACGCAACGAGGACACCCUGAGAUUCUCACGUACAAGUCGUCCAAAUUGUACAAGAUGGCGGUUGCUUUCAUGCUGGCCCAUCCUUACGGAAACCCGCGCGUCAUGAGUUCCUUCAGCUUCAACAAUUUCGACGACACUCCGCCCCAGGAUGUGAACGGAAAUCUUCUGUCUCCUAUCAUCAAUCCCGAUAACACCUGCGACAACGGUUUCGUCUGCGAGCAUCGAUGGCGUCAGAUUUAUAACAUGGUGCGGUUCCGAAAUGUCGCCAACAACACCGGCAUCGAGAAUUGGUGGGACAACGGCCAGAAUCAAAUCGCCUUCUGUCGCGGGCAGAACGGGUUCGUCGCUAUCAACAACGACAGAUUUGAUCUCAGGCAAACGCUUUACACGUGUUUGCAACCUGGCGUUUACUGCGACGUUAUUUCUGGAGAUAAGAUAAACAACAAGUGUACCGGCAAAGUCGUAAAUGUGCAACAAGACAGAAAAGCUCACGUAGAAAUCUUGACGAACGAAGAAGACGGUGUGCUCGCGAUUCAUGCAGGUUCAAGACUGAAAUGACGAUCUGAGCGGACUCGAUGAAGAGGCAAGAAAUUUUAAAUAAACGUAAAAUUGUUACAUGUUAUUAUAUAAAAAGGUGUAAUAUCAAAAAAAUAUUAAUUAAAAAUUAAUAUUUUAAUUUUCGCUCAUUUUUCAUUGCGAGAGAUUAGAAAAUUAUGGCAAUGUUAUCCGUACAUAUAUGUAUGAAAAUAAAAAAUAAUGUGUGUAUACUUACAAUA